CUGGACACACAUCUACUGCAAAUUAACCGAGAUGGAGGAGGACUACGAUGUUGGGUCUGGAGCCCCAGAAGAAGAUUUGUCGCUUCCAAAGGCGACCGUAACGAAACUCAUACAAGAGAUGAUGCCUUCAGAUAUAGCGUGCGCCAAAGAGGCGCGCGAUGUCAUUGCAGAUUGCUGUGUUGAAUUCAUCCAUUUGAUCUCGUCAGAAGCGAACGAGAUCUGUGAAAAGGAAGCAAAAAAGACAAUAGCUGGGGAACAUGUGCUUGCAGCAUUGCAGUCGCUGGGAUUCGAAGAGUAUAUUCAAGAAUGCAAGGACGUAUAUGAGGAUCACAUGAAACAGACAAAGGAUCGAGAAAAACGAUCAAAUAAAUUGGAUAAAGCAAUUUUGAACUCGGAAGAAGCGGCGGCGAUGCAAGAAGAACUAUUUGCCAAAGCGAGGAUGCGAAUGCAGUCGCAAGAUAACAUUGUGACGGGACAAGGCAGUAACCCAUCACCAGGUUGAUAGGGUCCGCAUAUUUCUCUUCGUUUUUGUAGAGCAUAAUGGGAAUUCGCUCUCUUUGGAUAUUCUCCAUUUGUACAUAACUUAUUAAAAUGAGACAGGAUGGAAUAUAAGCUAUAUGGGAUUUUGUCUAUUCCACUA